AGUAGUGACUAAUCAAGAGAGAGGAGAGAGAGAGGAGUAUACCCCUUUCCUUUACCGACUACUACUUCUCCUCUCCCUGCAGCAGCAGCAACCACUGUUAAUUAGUGUGAAAAUAUGACCUCUAGACCAACCCAAAAUACCGUGAAUGGUACCACCCACCACCCUCAUUAUUACCCACCUCCUUAUUCAUCAUCUUCAUCUAAAGCAUCAUUCAAAGGUUGUUGUUGUUGUCUAUUCCUUCUUUUUUCUUUCUUACUUCUACUUAUCCUCGCUGUCAUACUAGUUAUUGUACUCGCAUUGAAACCUAAAAAACCUCAAUUUGAUCUACAGCAAGUGGGUGUUCAGUACGUUGGUAUAACACCCAACUCUGCCAAUGUUGCUGCCGCAGUAUCCUCUGAUUCAUCUGCUUCUGUUUCACUCAAUAUACGUAUGGUAUUCACUGCUGCUAAUGAUAACAAGGUGGGAAUCAAGUACGAUGAGUCCAGGUUCACUGUAAUGUACCGGGGGAUUCCCCUUGGCCGGGGCAUUGUUCCCGGGUUUUACCAACCCGCCCACAGUGUUCGCCGGGUCGAAACCACUAUCGUAGUGGAUCGGGUCAACUUGCUCCAGGCGGAUGCCACUGAUUUGAUCCAUGAUGCGGCGUUGAAUGACCGGGUCGAGCUUCGGGUUUUGGGAGAUGUCGGAGCUAAGAUUCGGAUCCUUGGGUUAACUUCACCUGGUGUGCAGGUAUCCGUGGAUUGCACAAUAGGGAUCAGCCCAACGAAACAGUCUGUCACAUACAAGCAGUGUGGAUUCGAUGGCCUUAGGGUAUGACACAAAUAAUAACUGAUCCUUUUGUCUGCUUCAACUUUUCCGAAGUUGCUUCUCAUCUCUCUAAUUCCACAAGGGGAAAAGAUAGAUGUAAAAGUUGUAGUGGGUAAACAAGUCCACAUGCAUAUCAUUGGAAAAAAGUAAUAAAAAGAGAGAGCGCACAUGCAUCUGGUAGGGACCUUAAGAUUAUUUUUAGUUAUGAAAAUGAGAGGUUGAGCCAGUAAUUGUAGCUAAAGGGUAUCCUGUUAUUAAAAUAGAUUCUUUUUUCUCCUUUUUUUCGUGUGAGGGCGCGGGCGUGGCGGUCAGUUCCUCGUUGUAAAGAUUUGGACUAAUAGGUAUUCCACGACUCAUUGUGAUUGGCUGACAUUUAAUUUAUUAUUAUUCAUUAAUA